ACAAACUCCUCGGAUGCAAGGGGGAUAUCGAGGUCAUCGCCGACGAAUGGGCAGUGGCUGCUGAAGAGGAGGGUGCCCCCUCUGCUGUGCGUGGCCUUGCAACCGCAAUCGAACAUGUGAGCGACUUGGUCGCCACCUGUGCAGCACAGCAAGAGGACAUCCUCUGGAUGGACACCCUGGUCCGAAAGCAAAUUCACGUUAUUGAUGAACUGCUUGACCGGGUACGUCGGUUGGAACAACAGCUUGCAUCAGCCACCCCCGCCGGACCGUCCAACUUGAUGAACCGCGUCAACGUCUUGGAAAUCGACGUCGAGACUCUCAAGGACGGCACCGUAACGACAAAUCAGCGGAUUGACCAGCAGAUUUGCGCUGCCGCAGCCAGUCCGAUCGCGACCAAUCGCGAGAGCAUCCCGAAGUUUGACGGCCUCCCGAUCUUCUGUGAUGCAACGAAGACGGACCCGAUCCCAUGGUGGCGGCAGUUUGAGUUGAAGUUGGACAUUCACCACGUCAUCAACCCGAACCGGCACGCAUACUUCUACUCCCGCUUGGGAGGCGCGUGCCAGGCAUGGCUGGACAACAUGUUGUCYACGCACAACGUCGCAGUCUCCGAGCUGCAUACGAAGAUCAGCUGGGCUGAUCUCAAGGCAGCAUGGCAUAAGAGGUUCCAAGUGGAGCCGCCCGAGCUUCAGGCAGCCGAGAAACUUCAACGGUUCUAUCAGAACGACCUGCCAAGCACAGACUGGAUCACCGAGUACCAACGCUUGGCAUCCACUUCCAACUUGCCGUCGACAUUUGUCGCUAUCAAACACUUCUUAAUCAGGAGGAGUUGUUCGGCGUUGCAAAACGCCUUAACGCAAGUUGAGGAGAUGCUCACCACAAGUGAGCAGCUCUUUGAUAAAGCCUCCCAGAUCAUCCUAAGGAACAUCGAAGCCAAGAAUUUGGGCCAUUCGUCUGCUGCAGGCCAGGGGAGAGGACAGCAUCGGCCGAAAGUGGUCGUGGUCGCAGCAACUACAGCGACCGACCCUUCAAAUGAGACUGCCUCUUCUGAAGAACGAGACAGAUUGGCAGCCGUCCGGGAUGGUUGCCGCCCCGUCAGAGGGCGAGGACGCGGCAAACCGAAGACACACACCAAUUCAUCCCCCGGGGCCGGACCAGCGGCUCAAGAGCCUUGGACACAUUACGGUAUCUCGGGAGGCGUAUACCGCAUCCGGUCUAAGUACCGAUACUGCUUGUGGUGCAACAGCGCGGUGCACGACACCGCAACGUGCCCCACACCGGUCCAAGCCAAAUCCCCUGCGGGAAAGUGAGCACCGCCGAGAGUGAUGCGGCUGCACUCUCGACGCCUUCGGAAUCGGUUGCUUUGCGAG